AUGAUAGAACCGGGUAAGUGGCCGUCACCUGGAAAAAGGAACUCCGAAGGCAAUGACAACAGGAAGAAGAGGAAGGACCCAAGUCCUCUUAAGGCAGCCAUGCUUGCCACCUUUUGGGAGUACACGGAGCGGACCAAGGUGAGCGGUAUAUGGCUGAUGCGACGGAAUCGCACCUACGGCCUGUCCAGGUUCAUCUGGUCCUCGGUGCUGCUGCAGCUGCUCCUGCUGAGCAUCUACCUCACACUGCUGCUGUGGCUCAAGUUCUACUCGUACCCCAUCCUGAACACCAUUUCCAAUGAUCUCUCCAUUACGGACGUUGCCUUUCCGGGCGUUACCAUUUGCAGUCCGAAGGUGGUCAACUCGGAAAGGGUCGAUCGCUUUGUCAAGACGCUUAAGAUUCCCAAGGAGUACGACAUUGCAGAGGUGGCCGCCGGCUUUGAGUUCCUUAAUGCCUUCACGGAUCAGAGCUUUGAGCCGCCGGUGCACGAGAGCUAUCGGGUCACAGACGCAGUGCUUCGGCUGAACAAUGUGAGCACCUGGGAGGCGGCCAUGGCCGUCAGUCCGGGCUGCUCGGACUACGUGAAGCGCUGUUUCUGGGGCCAUACGGAGUUUAAGUGCAACCAGAGCCACGAGUAUCUCUCGUUCAUUCCCACGACGGCCUACCUGGGUCCCUGUUGCUCCUUCAACUACAAUCCGCGCAAUGCCAGCUUUGUGCCCUUCUCGGCCAACAUCUUUGGCAUGGACGGCGGCUUGACCUUCGUGGGGGCGGAGGGCAGCGAGCGAAACCUGAACACGGGCCUCAUCGUCCUGGUACACCAUCCCAUGGACUAUGUUACGGAGUCGGCAUCCUCGGUCACCAUCACUGCUAGAUCCGAGAGCUUUGUGGAGGUCUCGCCCACGGUGCAGAGCUCCUCGGUGGAGGUCCUGGAACUUUCGGAACGGAAGCGGGACUGCCUCAUCUCGGACGACCUGCAGCUGAGGAGCUAUCGCCAGGCCGCCUGUCUGCUGGCUUGUCAGACCGAGGCCAUCGUCCAGAAGUGUGGCUGCCAUCCAUAUCUGCUGCCCAUCGUGGGCAACAAGUACAAGGAGUGCAACCUGAAUGACACCUUCUGCUACUCAGAUAACUAUGACAACUUCAAAAGUGUGCGAUGUGACCAAUGCCUGCCCAACUGCUAUGAUGUUACCUAUUCCACGCUUUCGUACAAAACGGAUCUUAACCAGCAUCCGUUCUCCAUGAACCGCUUCUACUCUCCGGACAUGAUCAACAGUGACAGCUUCGUGCUUCGGGUCUACUUGGCUAAGCAAGUUGUCCCAGUUAUCCGGAAAGUUACCGUAAUGUCUUGGAUAGGACUGCUAUCGGAUUUGGGUGGCAUCUUUAAUCUUUGCCUUGGACUCAGCAUGAUUUCUGUGGUUGAAUUUUUCUACUACUGCACGUAUCGCUUGUAUAUCAAUUACCAGCUCCAGAAGGCUCAGCAACCGAGGAAGGCAUGGCAGUAA